CUCGGCCACCGAACAUCGCCAACGGGCUGCACAGUGGACAGUCCUUGGACAGGUUUCCCCGCGGAGUGACCGUGCACUACAGCUGCCAGGAUGGCUACGCUCCAGUUGGGAAUGUGUCCAUCAACUGCACAGAGGCUGGGAUGUGGAGCUGGCCCCUGCCCCGCUGUGAAGCAAUCGGCUGUGAGAUGCCCGAGGUGCAGAACGGGAAGGUCUAUGAGCUGCAGAGCACCUACAGAGCUGGGGAGUCGCUGCAUUUUGACUGCAUUGCUGGUUACGCUGCAGAGGACAGCUACGAGGCUCGGUGCCAGCCUGGGGGCACCUGGGAUCCUCCAGUGCUCCGCUGUGAGAGGGUCCAGCCGUGCCCCAUGCCUCCAGAGAUCCCACAUGGAAAUCACAAUGGCCAAGACAAAUCAUUUUUUACCAUGGGAAUGUCUGUAACAUACACGUGUGAUCCUGGCUACUACCUGGUUGGAAACGCCAUUGUGUUCUGCAAAGCAUCAGGGAACUGGAGCCAGCCCGGCCCUCGCUGUGAAGAGGUGACGUGUCCUCGGCCACCGAACAUCGCCAACGGGCUGCACAGUGGACAGUCCUUGGACAGGUUUCCCCGCGGAGUGACCGUGCACUACAGCUGCCAGGAUGGCUACGCUCCAGUUGGGAAUGUGUCCAUCAACUGCACAGAGGCUGGGAUGUGGAGCUGGCCCCUGCCCCGCUGUGAAGCAAUCGGCUGUGAGAUGCCCGAGGUGCAGAACGGGAAGGUCUAUGAGCUGCAGAGCACCUACAGAGCUGGGGAGUCGCUGCAUUUUGACUGCAUUGCUGGUUACGCUGCAGAGGACAGCUACGAGGCUCGGUGCCAGCCUGGGGGCACCUGGGAUCCUCCAGUGCUCCGCUGUGAGAGGGUCCAGCCGUGCCCCAUGCCUCCAGAGACCCCCAACGGAAGUCACAACGGCCAAGACAAAUCAUUUUUUACCAUGGGAAUGUCUGUAACAUACACGUGCGAUCCUGGCUACUACCUGGUUGGAAACGCCAUUGUGUUCUGCAAAGCAUCAGGGAACUGGAGCCAGCCCGGCCCUCGCUGUGAAGCUGCUGUCUGUGUACAUCCCUAUAUACGGAACGGGAGGCAAGUGGAUGGUCAAGGGCUUCUCUCCGCACCCGGGCAAGCGGUGACAUUUCAGUGUCACGAUGGUUACAGCCUGCAAGGCAGUGCUAAAGUCAUCUGCCAGGAGGAUGGCAGCUGGCACCCUCCUGUUCCCAUCUGUGGUAGACUUUACCAUGACCAAGGGCUCUCAAAGAGGCCUGGACUUUCAGGUGGUUGUGGGCCUCCUACAAGGUUACACUUUGCUGAGCUAAAGGAGGAGCAUAAAAAUGAAAUUGAUUUUUCUGUGGGGAAGACUGUGCAAUACACUUGCCACCCUGGAUAUGCAAAACACCCAGGAAUGUCACCUACUAUUACAUGCCUUGAGACCGGAGUGUGGUCAGAAGCACUAGAGUUCUGUAAAAGGAAAAAAUGCACCCAUCCUGGUGAACCUGUGAAUGGGAAAAUCAGUUUCCUGAGAGAUCUCCUGUUCGGGUCAACAGUGCGCUACAGCUGUGAAAAGGGGCACAGGUUAAUUGGACAAGCCAGCAGGCGGUGUGAGAUUUCUGGUGGACGUGUUGCAUGGAGCGGUGAUGUUCCCGUUUGUCAGCGUAUCCCUUGUGAGCCGCCUCCAGACAUUCCCAAUGGGAAGCACACAGGCAAGUUGCUGGAUGAAUUCCUCUUUGGCACUUCUGUAACAUACACGUGCAACCCUGGAUAUCCGCUCCAUGGAGAGCCCUCCAUCUACUGCACUACCCUGGAUGAGAAGAACGGUGUGUGGAGCGGGCCCCCGCCGUCGUGCGGAGCUGGCUGCAAUGCACCAGCCAGGCUGGCAUUUGCUGAGCUGAAGGAGCUGUACAGAAACCAGACCCUCUUUCCUGUGGGGAGGACGGUGGAAUACGUGUGCCGGCCUGGGUACACCCAGCACAUCGGGAUGUCACCAGCCAUCACAUGCCUUGAGAACAGGAAGUGGUCUGUGGCACUGGAGUUCUGUAAAAGAAAACAAUGUGCUAACCCAAGGGAUCCAGAGAAUGGCCGAGCCAUUGUCCUGACAGACCUCCUCUUGGGAUCCAAAGUCAAUUACACUUGUAACAAAGGGUACAAGUUGGUUGGAGGCUCUCAGAGAACCUGCGAGGUCUCCGGCACACGUGUCUCAUGGAGUGGAGAUGCUCCUGUCUGCCAGCGUAUCGCUUGCGGCCCACCUCCGAACAUCUCCCAUGGGACACACAGCGGGCACUCCAGGGACACCUUCUCCUAUGCAGAUGUGGUCGCCUACACCUGUGACCCCGGCCACCCGCUGGCUGGAGAGCCCUCCAUCAUCUGCACCACUGCAGACGGGGAGCACGGCGUGUGGAGCGGGCCACCGCCACGAUGUGGAGAGGUGAAGUGUCCUUCCCCUCCAAGCAUUGCCAACGGGCAGCACAGCAGCCAGCCCUCGGACACCCACCUUCCAGGCUCAGCUGUGAACUACACCUGCAGGGAUGGCUACUCCCUCAUUGGGAAUGCCUCCAUUAGCUGUACUGCCAGGGGAAAGUGGAGCCGGCCCCUGCCUCGAUGUGAAGCAACCGGCUGUGAAAGACCGGAGAUCAAGAACGGAAGAUCAACUGGGCUGGAGACCAUGUACAAACUCAUGGAUACCGUUGUCUUCGAAUGUGAUUUUGGUUAUGCCUUGAAGGGCUCUCAAGAGUCUCAGUGCCAGUUUGGGGGCAAGUGGGACCCUCCUGUCCCCACCUGUGAAAAGAUGCUACCGUGUCCUUCCCCUCCAAAUAUCAAAAAUGGCCAUCAUGACAGCAAGGACGUGAAGGUGUUUGUCCCAGGAGUAUCUGUGAAAUACUACUGUGACAUGGGGUACGUCCUCACUGGGAAAACAAGAGUUUCUUGUUUGACGUCUGGAACCUGGAGCAUCCCUUACCCACGGUGUGAAGUGAUCACCUGCACAAGCCCCAGCAUCCAGGAUGGAGAAGUGGCUGAAGGACAGAGCGCUGCCUACCACCCUGGGGCCAACGUCACCUUCCAGUGUCACCCGGGCUAUGUGCUGUGGGGCAGCCGUGCAGCCAAGUGCCAGCCCGAUGGCCGCUGGGUGCCUGCUGUGCCUACCUGCAAGCCAGUGCUGCCUUGUCCUCCACCUCCCACCAUUGCCCACGCCACGCACAGUGCAGAGCUCGAGGCAAACUUCACCACUGGCAUGUCCGUGAGCUACAGCUGCCAGCCCGGCUUCUCCCUCCUUGGAGACCCCUCUGUCUUGUGCACAGCCUCAGGGAACUGGAGCCUCCCCUACCCACGCUGCGCAGUGCUGCAAUGUCCUUCACCUCCAAAUAUUGACAAUGGAAAUCACAGCAGCCAGGACUUGGAAGUUUUCACUGCUGGGAUGGUUGUAAAUUACAGCUGUGACCCUGGCUACAGCCUCCUGGGAGAGGCAUCGAUUCACUGCACUGACUCAGGAAACUGGAGCCUUCCUCUUCCUCAGUGUGCAGGUGGCUGUGGCCCACCUCCAAACUUAACCUUUGCUGAGCUCACUGAGGAAUACAGGAACCUGACGGAGUUCCCUGUUGGAGACACUGUGCGAUACCGCUGCCCCCCGGGAUACAUGAAACACCCCAGAGUAUCCCCAACUCUGACAUGCCUCCAAAACUACACGUGGUCUGAAGCGCUAGAGUUCUGUAAAAGGAAGCAAUGUAAAUACCCAGAAACACCAAAGAAUGGCAGAGUUGUUCUGACUGAUCUCCUUUUUGGGUCAACCGUGAGCUACACAUGUGAAGAAGGGCACCGACUGGUUGGACAGUCUCACAGGCGAUGCGGGGUUUUUGGACCAGAUGUCGCAUGGAGUGGUCUUCUUCCCAUUUGUCAAAAGGUGGUAUGUCCAGCCCCAAAGAUCCAGAAUGGGGAAGUAUCUGUUCUGAAGUAUCGCUACACGUACAAAGACACCGUUAGCUUUAAGUGCCAUAAAGGUUUCACCUUGCGAGGCAAUCACACAGCCCAGUGCCAAGCUGAUAAAACAUGGGAUCCACCAGUACCAGUCUGUGAGCAGGAUGGAGUGGCAGAACACUACCGUCAUCCUCACACCACCACAAAGCCAGAAGUGAAGUGUCAGCCUCCUCCAAGCAUUGUCAACGGGGAGCACAGUGGACGUUUCUUAGACACUUUUCAUGUAGGAGCACUUGUACGCUAUCUCUGCAAACGGGGCUUCUCCCUCAUUGGGAAUAAAUCUGUUCGUUGUACAACAUCUGGAGUCUGGAGCCAUCCCCCUCCUCGGUGUGAAGUUGUGAAGUGUCUCCGUCCUCCAAACAUCACCAAUGGGAAGCUCAAAGUCAACAUCUCUGACACUUUUUCCUAUGGAGAGUCUGUAUCCUACAGCUGCAAUCCUGGUUAUUCACUCGUUGGGAAUGCUUUCAUCAACUGCACGGUGAAAGGAACCUGGAGCCAGCCUCCUCCUCAGUGCAAAGAGAUCAGAUGUGUAUUCCCAGAAGUUCAAGGUGUUAAGAAAGCUAUUCCAGGAAACACUUAUCGCUCUGGGACUAACAUCACCCUUGAAUGUGAUGACGGUUACACCUUGGAAGGUGUCAGUCAGAUUCAGUGCCAAGAAGACUUCAGCUGGGACCCUCCUAUACCCGCCUGUAAACUGACAUCACACAAGUCUGGUUCCGUAGGUGUAGGAGUCGUAGCUGCAGGAGUCCUGCUUCUCCUGGGGGCAGGCAUUGUCUGGAAAAUUAUUUCCAAGCAGAAGGAAGGCUAUUAUGAUACAUAUGAAAACCACAGUUACCAAACCCCUCUGAAUGAGAUAACUGAACCAAAGUGUUCGUGUCUUCAAUAGAAGGCUGGGCACCUGUGCUGCCACCAACCUGGCACGGAACUGGUUCUCCAUACAGAGAGUGGCUCUAGGUUGCAUGGAAGCAUUGCUUAUGUUGAAAAUGGAAUUCUGCAGCCAAAAAAAGGCACUUUACUGUGGAAAGGACAUCAACGCUCGUCCUGCUGCAAGGAUCUAACCAAGCGCAGGUUGCCUGUGGUACAGGGGUAUUUCCAAGGGAGUUCUCUACACUGCUGCCAGCCGAUGAGGAACAUUUCCUUUCUCUAUAUGCAAACGCUGCGAUAAGCAAGAUCCAUGAACGCAUUCCUGUGUGGAAAGCAAGAGUUUAACCACAACUUGUCUUAAUAGCGACUGUCUUCACAUGUGCAGCAUCACCAAGCGCUGCUCUGCAUCUUUUAGGAGCGCUUAUUAGCAGCGUUCCUCUAUGACUGCUUAACCUAAUAAAAGCUGAGCAUGGGACAA